AUGGCCUCAACAUCCGCCCAACUAACAACCCACCUCCAAACCAAAUACUCCCUCCCCGUAUCCCCCACCUGGCUCAACGCCUUCCUAGCAUCCACCCAACAACACCGCACCGUGCCCCUCUCCGCACUCACCCAAACCGCCCACUUCCGCCUCCUCGCCUCCGACUUCCGCGACUCCCUCACCACAGAGACCUCCUCGUCCCUCCUCCCAGCCGACAUCUUCGACCCAACCGUCCAAGAACGCCGCCUGCAAGGUCCCAUCCCGGUCCAAGUCCUCGACAUCGACGACAUCGGCACGAGCCUCUGGAGCCAGGUGGAGGCGAUCGAGCGCGUCGAGCGCGGGGAGGCCGUCCGCGGGCGGGAGAUCGUGCGCACGGUCAAUGUCGAUGACUCGGAGGGUGUGACGAGGGGGGCGUCGACGACGACGACGAAUGCGGGCGCUCAUGAGUCGGGCGGGAGUAAUGGGCCGCAUCGGUUGAUUUUGCAAGAUGCGAGGGGCACGCGUGCGGUGGCGAUUGAGCUGAAGAGUGUGGGUGGGAUUGCGCUGGGGAGUAUGGCUAUUGGGGCGAAGUUGGUAUUGCGGGAUGUGACGGUUGCGAGGGGCAUGGUGCUGCUGACGCCGGAGUGUGUUACGUUGCUUGGGGGGAAGGUUGAGGCGUUGGAUUUGGCGUGGAGGGAGGGGAGGAAACAGAGGUUGUUGGAUCGUUUGGGGGAGAUGGAGCGCGGACAGGAAUAA